AUAUUAUGCUAUCUUCGGUGUAUGAUUUUUUUUCUCGAUUUCGACGCGCAGUAUUCGCGUCAACGUAGGUACAUAAUAUAUUACACGCGUACACAAACACACCUCACACACACACAUACACACCUUACACACACACCGCAAUUUAUAGGUACCGGAAUAAAUUUCUUCUGCUCGCCGCGCAACUUGAACGUAUGUACGCGCCGCGGCGAUUGAAAUUAUUAUCGUCAAACCGGUUUUGAUGUGCAACACUUCGAUUUGAGCUUAAAAAAAAGAAGUGCUAAAAUAUUUUAUUGUACUAUUAUAUGUGCAGAUCUCGAUAAAUGUUUAUCACCGACAUAACAAUAAUAAUUCGCGUUCAGUAUAAUAAUAUAUUAUAAAUUGUGGUGAGAAUAAAAUAUAUAUAUAAUAAUAUGUAGGCAUGUAGCCGUCUAUAUGUACAUAGAGUUGCGCCUGAAACCCGUAUAUGCGGGCGUUUUUCGCCAAUGUUUGUGCCCGUGUGCUCGCGAUUAUUGCGAAUUGGCGAGUACCUAUGUACGCGUAUCGGAGAUUGUACGGACAAUGAAAUACCUAAUAAUUGCACAAUGAAACAGUACUACAACAAUACAUAACAAUAUGACCACGCAUGAGACAUUGAAAAGUGAAAGAAUCUAAUAAAAUGGACUUUUUAAACAAUCUUGAAGGAAUAGUAACCAAGAAUGGGGAUAUGGUAACAUUUAUAGCUGAAGAUUUGGAAAACAAACUGAAACAGACCAGCCCAACAAUGCCUACUAGACCUUUAGGAAGAUUUGUUUUAGAUGCCAAUUUACUAAACGACCUAGAAUUUGAAGCCAGAAAUAUUGCUGCAUCUGUAGAUACAUUAUCUGAAUCUCUCUCAGGAGUUUUACAUAGCAUGUCUGCAUUAACUGUUGACUGUUUGGAAAUAUACAGGGAUGUGGUUUGUAAAACAUGCGAUUCAAUUGAUGCUAAUAUUAAAUCUAUGUAUCAAUUAAUGGCUAAAUGUGAAGAAGUCUCGAAAGAAAUGGAACCCAUCUAUAAAUUGGCUCAACAAGUUAAAGAUAUAAAACACAUUUUAGAUUUAUUUGAGAAUGCAGUUAAUUGAUAUCAUAUUUGUAAUAAAAUAUGCAUUAAAACAAUUGUUCUGAGUAAGAAUGUUUAUUUAAUAUGUAAAAUUUUAAUUAUUAUCAUUGUCAGUCAUAAUAAAACUUGUAUUAUCAAUGUAUGAUGUAUAUAUUAUUAUAUUUUAACUAUUCAUUACAAUAACUUACUUUUGGUUAUAAACUUAUGGUUUUUUUUAUGUUAAAAUUGUUAAUAAAUACUUACAGAUAAUCGA